GGUGUUUUGAUUCUUGAUCUGUGUGUGUUGAAACAAAAAGUUUUAUAGUUCUUCAGUUUUGGUGAAAACUGUGUUUUGUGUGCUCUUCGAGUUGGCCUGCCUGUGAAACAGACAGUGUGGCGGUUGGUUUCUUGAACAAAAUAAAACAGGGCAGAAAAUGUCGCUGUGGCGCCACAUAGUUGAUAAACAGAAGGGUAGCCAUGUCAGUACUACGGAUGUCAGUGUUUGUUCAGUUGCUAGGAGUGAAUCGGAUCUCCUGGGACUUGAGGAGUCGAUGACUCCUUCAAAACAUCUAGCAAAGGAGAGCUUUUUUCAACGGACUCCAGACACCACUACAGGUGAUAUUAAAACACCAGUGAUGAAGGAUGUGCAUUUAUCCCCCAUUUCUGGUUCUCCUUGCCGUUGUGGAGCUUUGGAGAGCUCACAGCUUGAGCAACUGCUCUCAAAAAGUCCCUGUCUUGGGAAGAAAGGGCUUAAGCUUAUCCACAACCCUAAUAAGGCCAUCAUCACUGUGGACCAUACUACAGCACAGGUGGUGGAUGUGAACAAGCAAGCCUGCAAACUCUUUGAGUACACACGCACUGAGCUGAUUGGGCAUAUGUUGACGUUCCUUCUGAAGACCAGCCAGUUGACUGAGGAUGUGUUGGGAGAGGAAAUCCUAGAUUCUGCAGGGAACUUAAACACCAUAUCCGGAAAAGUGGUAAAUGCUGUGAAUAAACCAGGCUCCGAGUUCCCAGUGUCUGUGUGGACAUGCUCACAUAAUCACAAAACCUGCGUACUGUGUUUGGAGAGAGUAGAGAGGAUAUCAGCCCACUUCUCCUUCUCUACAGAGGGUGGGAUUCUCAGCUGUGACUCCACCUUUGCUCAUCUCCAUGGUUACUGUGAUGCUGAGGUGAUGAUGGGGCUUUCAGUCACAUCUCUAAUGCCAGCACUUCAAGUUCCGCUGCAGUGUCGGACCAUACCAAAGAUGAUGCGUGUGCAGAAGGUUUGUUUGCAGGGCAGAGGCAACACAGAGCUGCAUGCAUGCGUGAGACUGCGUGCCGCUGUGUCCUGUGGAAGGCCUCUGAGCCAGAAAUUCAGUGAUGCAGGAGAAGUUAUAAAAGAUGGCGCUGGUGAAGACAUGUGCUCGUCCCUCCCAGAUGUGGUUUAUUCUGGCUCACUGUGGACUUUUGUUCCCUCCAGCAGCCUUUUAACACUCUACCCCAAUGGCACUAUUAAAAGUAUCAACAGCAUCUACUGUCCUCUGCUAAUGGGAUAUAGCAUGACUGAGAUUCUAGGAAAGAAAAUCACCUUCUUGAUCCCAGCCUUUUACGAGAUGAUGUCUGCCUUUGGCAGAAUCCCCAGUCCAGUGUCCUUUCAAGAAGAUGGUUCAGCAUCCUCUUCUAGAAGCCACGCAGACUGCUGCACAUGCUCCGGAGGAGGUAGUGGUGUUUUAAGCCAAUCUGUGUGUGAUACCUCAGCAAAGGGAAAUCAAGACACGUGUAGUCCCCAGACUCUGCUGGCCAAAGACAGUAUGUUGUUUCCAGCCCUGAAGAGAAAAGGAAGUGCUGCAAAAGGGAGGCGAGCCUUUGCUGCUAUCAGGACCAAGCAAGAGCAUCAUGCCCCUGUUCAUGCAAUUUCUCCCUUGCCUGCAAACAGUUUGGAUGACACUACAGAGCUUUGCAAAGAGGCAGCUGCAGCAGUAGCUCAGUGUGACGAGUCUGUUCCAGCCGAUUCCACCACAGCUCUACUCCACACCUUUGCAUUGCUCGAGUCCCAGGAUUGCACAACACGACUGCAGAACUCCAGCUUUGAGGUCAUCUCCCUAGGCAGUCGCUCAUCCUCGGGAUUCUGUGAAAAGUGGGCAGGCCCUGAGAAACCAGACGACACGCAACACGAAGCAGAAGUAGCACAUUCAAGCAGCUGCUUUCUAGACUUGGAUGUUAAUGGUGACACAAUUGCACUUGCCUUUGGACAGCUGGAGCUAAGUGAGUGUGACACCGCUGAGCUCCUGCGCACUCCAUCCCCUUGCAUUGUGGAGUCUGAGCCUGAAACCGAGCCCCCUGACAUCCCAAAAGACAAACUUUCUGUACAAGAAUGUCUGUUUCUAUGUGUCAGUCCAUCACCAAAAGAAUUAUCCAUUUUAGAGGGAGAUGCAGAGCAGUGGAACAUGGCGUUGAAAAAUUCUGAACUGUGUACUCCAUUCUCAGAGCUAUGUAAAAGUGGGAUGAUCUUAUCAAAUGACAGACCAGCAACCUCAACCCCAAAGAGGCCGUUGUCGACCCCUGCUACACCGCUCUGCCCACCUACCCUGAUAAAGGAGGGCAGGUUUCAAGCCAACUGCUACCAUAGAGACGGAACACCUAUUGAGGUGCAGUGUGAUGUGCGUAGAGCUGCUGGCUCUAGCGACGGUGUGGUGUUCUGCGUAUGGCUGAGCGGAAGCCAUCUUUUCCUCCACAAGCAGGAGACACUGCAGAGCACACAGACUUCUACAGCAGAGUCUUUCGCAGAGGAUGGCUUAGCGUCCAGCCUGCGAGAGGUCAGUGAAGCAGACCAUGGUAAAGGUCUGCACUCCUCCAUGAGUCUGGAGCAGUCUGGAGCAUGUGAAGGACAGUUUGAAGAAGUCUAUCAUCCAAUGCAACCCAUAGGGAAGGGAGCAUUUGGUGUUGUCUGGCUUGCUUCACGACGUCAAGAUGAACAAGAGGUGGUAGUGAAGUUUAUCAGGAAGAGCAGGGUGGUGGAAGAGUGUUGGGUGGAAGACCCCGAGCUGGGGCAGGUCACUCAGGAAGUGGCCAUACUUGCUCGAUUAUGUCACCCCAACAUUGUUAAGGUGCUGGAGGUGUUCGAGAAUGAGAAAUUCUUUCAGAUGGUGAUGGAGAAACAUGGAGAUGGCCUAGACUUAUUUGAGUUCAUUGACAUGCAACCCAGGUUGGACGAAGCACUUGCCAGCUACAUCUUCAGGCAGUUGGUGUCAGCCGUGACUUAUCUUCAUGGGAAAGGAAUCUUGCACAGGGACAUUAAAGACGAAAACAUCAUCAUCAACACAGAGUUUCAUAUCAGACUGAUUGAUUUUGGCUCUGCGACCCUGCUGGAGCCAGGCAAGCUCUUCCAUGCGUUCUGCGGCACGUUGGAGUACUGCUCACCCGAGGUGCUGCAAGGAAACCCGUAUAAAGGUCCAGAACUGGAGAUGUGGUCUCUGGGAGUACUUAUAUAUACCCUACUGUUCAGUGAAAACCCUUUUUGUAGCGUGGAAGAGACCAUCCAAGCCAAACUCCGCAUCCCUUGUGACGUCUCUGCAGAUUUGUACAGUCUGCUGGCUGGUUUGCUGCACAGAGAACCGACAGAAAGAAUGACACUGGAGGAGCUCCUGUACGAACCGUGGAUUCGGCAGCCCAUUAACCUAGCAGAGUACAGCUGGAGUGAAGUGUUCCCCUGCGAUCAUGAUUCGUUUGAGCAAAAUCACUACAGUCCACAUGUACAGCAGGAGGCCAGCACUCAUGGUGCUACUGAUGAGACUCCUUUGCAGGAUGAAGAUGAGGAAAUGGAAGAAGAAGAGGAUGACGAGCAAAGGAGAACCAUGGCAGCGCUGGAAUCUGAACUUCUCAAGUAUCUCACUGAUAACUGAAGACCAAUGAAGAUUUAGAGCUGCUUUCGAACAUAGAGCUGCACUUGGAAAAGGUUCCAAUUCUGGAAGAGGGAAAAAAAAAAAAAAAGGAGGUGGGGAAAAAUGGCACAGUGCUGCUACACUUUCCCGUUGUUUUUGAUGAUGUUCCUGAAGAUGAGAUUCAUGAUGUCCUACAUGAACACCAAUCUUCAGAAUACAUCUAUUCAUUUCUACACUAAAUCAAUGAAUGGCAUAGAAGAAAGAAGACUAGCUCAUGUUUGGGGGUGAAAUUAUGUGCCCUGAUUUAUGUGAAUCCCAGAUUAAAGAAGCAUUGAAUGUAUGAAUUUUUACACUCUUGGUUUCAGAACACUGUUUUUUAAAUUGAAGGACAACAUUACUGAAUGUAAUGAAUACUGUAAAAGCAAUGAAUAGUGCUUCAUGAUCUAUGGUUUUAUAUAAUCUAUGUCGAUUUGUUCAAGGAACAGCUUUGAAAUGCAAGGUAUAAAA